AGUCGGCAAGUAUCAGAAUUACAUUUUAUCAAAUCAAUUACAUCUUCCUAGAUUCUGAUAAUGUUUGCUCUCAGCCAGCGUCAGACUGUUUCGUGCAAGGCUGCUUGCGCCUGCGCCAGCUGCAGGUCGGCAAGGAUGUCUGCUCCAAUGACGGCUGUUCCCGUCCGCGUGGCGAAUGGCUCCCGUGCCUCUAAGUUCAGCCAGACUGGCGCUGUAUCAGUUCGCGCUCAGGCAUCGCCGGUGGCCACAGUCGCUCCUGCUGCUCCAGCGUUGGCAGCUGCAGUUCCAGUUCCAAAGCGGACUUUCUCCCAGCGCCACACUGAGAUCAUCAGGCACUUUCCGUCUGCUAUGGGCGUUGACGACUUCAUGGGCCGUGUUGAGGUUGCCCUUGCUGGCUUCGGCUUCACUGGCGACAACUCUAUUGCUAUGACCAACCUGUGCCGUGAUGAGGUUACGCAAGUCCUGAAGGACAAGAUUGAGGCCAUCUUCGGUUCGUCCUUCAACACCAACGGCCUGGGUGGUGUCCUCACUUGCGGUGUUACUGGCAUGAAGGCCGGUCUGAGCCACUCCCCCGUGUGCAACGGUGGUCGCGAGCGCUACGUGUUCUUCGCCUUCCCGCACAUUGCCAUCAACAGCGAGGGCGAGAUGGGCGCGCUGUCCCGCCCCGGUCGCCCCAAGCAGUCCUGCGCCUGCGGUGCCCUCCUGGCCAUCCUGAAUGCCUUCAAGGUGGACGGCGUGGAGAAGAGCUGCAAGGUGCCUGGCGUGCACGACCCGCUUGACCCCGAGCUGACCAUCCUCCAGCAGCGUCUGGCUCGCCGCGUGCGCUACGAGAAGCUGGACGUGAAGUCGCUUGACCUGCCGGGCCUGACGCAGGUCGCUGAGCGCACGAUCACCGACGAUCUGGAGUACCUCAUCGAGAAGGCUGUGGACCCGGCCAUCGCUGACUAUGCCGUCAUCACAGGUGUUCAGAUCCACAACUGGGGCAAGGAGCUCACGGAGGACGGUGAUGCGUCCAUCGAGUUUGUGGCCCCCGCCAAGGCAUACACGGUGGUCAACGGGCUCAAGACCUACAUUGACUUGCCGCAGGUGCCCGCUCUGUCACCCCGUCAGAUCCAGACCAUGUCCACUCGCUCCCUCAACGGCAUCCCCGCCAAGAACAUUCAGCUGGGCGUGCGCGGCUCCGUCAUCUCCGACGUGCCUUUGGAGUACCUGGUCACCAAGCUGGGCGGCUCGCAGCUCAUGAGCGAUGGCAGCAGCUACGCUCCCUCGUUCUCAUCCACCGACUCGUUCGAGUGGCCAACGUGGCAGAGCCGCAUCCGGUUGGACAACAACCCCAACCGCCUGCUGAGCGUGGAGCGGGAUGCCAACGCACCUACCAUGGACUCGCCUGAGCCGGUGCACACCUCCUUCGAGGCGCCCAAGUAAAUGCGAUAGCUGGCGGAAGUCCUGGAUCAAUGGUUGAUUCAUCCAUUGACUGGCAGGCGAAAAGGAGGAUGGGAAUGAGCCGGCUGUGGAGAGGAGAUGCUGUUGGAAGGAUGCUUAGGUAGAUCGUUAAGACUGCUGGGAAAGAUUUUGGGACAAUAGGGGCUGAGGACUGAGAUGUUGGAGAGGAGAGGAGAGUAGGGGAGGGGAGAGGAGGGCAGCAGGUCUAGGACCGGAGUUUUUGGUUCACACAUUUCUGGUCCAGUGACUUGGACGCUGCAACCUGCUGGCUGAUGUGGGGGACAAGGGGUGGCUUGCGGGCGGCAGGAGAGUAAGGGAGCGCGAGAAUGGAGCGAGUUUGCAUGUUGGGGAGCGUUUUCCUACUUUGUUGGCUCCCAGUACUGCUCGGUGGCGGCAAUUGAGAGGGGUUCACCAGGUGUGGCUCUGGCUCUGACAACGCAUCGGCACAUAGGAGGGAAUGUCAAAUGUGCAGUUGAGUGAUGUAAGCACAGUUGCGCAUUUGUCUCAUCGCGAUUCGUGAACGAGGCAUUUGCAAACAGCGUGCGAUGGCGUGUUGCCGGCUGCUCUGACAAUUUGACGAUGUAAUCAACAUCCAUCCAUUAAACAUGUAUUACAUAAAUGCUUCCGGAAGGGGCGUAUGUGAGGAGAUGAUGUUGGUGACCGAUCUGUAUUUGCUUUUUAUUCGUUUUUUGCCAGAGGAUGAUUAGCUGUGUCACCUUCAAUCCAGGACUGCCUGAGUUGAGAAGGAAGGAUGAAAGCGGUGGUCAAACUUCAGUCCUGCAAGAGUUGGCGACGGUGCGUUGAUAAAGUGCCAAACAUGGUUGUCUGGCCGUGAAAAAGCAUAAAGCUUGAUAAGUCUUCUGGCAAAGGUGUGGUAGUUUUUUUUCAAAAUUCAGGCACAUAGAGGUUCUUGGUGGAGUAGGCGAUAAUGGGUCAUGUCGGCCACCUCGUAUUGAUAAGUUUUCACCCACGAUUGUUCUUAUGGCUUGUACGUGUUAAUUUGUAAUUCUACUCGCCCUUGAAUCACAAAAAUUUAUUCUGCUAGUUCUUCCGACUUAUAAUCAUGUGCGAGGCAAGACACAAGUGCCAUAUGGUGAGAAGCCCUGCAUAAACGUCCGUAUGUCCGCAUGAAAAACACCCAGAUUUAUGUAAUCACAACCCUCGAAG